AUGCGCCUCCAUUUCGAGGUUCCUCAUACACGCCCCACUCAAUAUCGAGAUGCACCCCCUUGCAAAUUUACAUCUGGUCGGAAAAAUGUCCUGACUAACUUUUCGCGCUCUCUCUCGUUCUCUCGUUCUCUCGUUCCGUCGUUCCAAAAACUAGCGAUCUCGUUCUCCAGGUUUCUCCAGGGUUUGUGGAGGAAGCUCGGCUGCGGCCAGGUCGAGGAGCUCAUCGAGGAGGCGCGCGACGAGCUCACUCUCAUCGGCAAGAUGAUCGAGUGGGAUCCAUGGGGUGUUCCUGAUGAUUACGAAUGUGAGGUGAUCGAGAACGAUGCUCCAGUUCCCAAACAUGUUCCUCUGCACCGACCUGGUCCUCUUUCUGAGGAGUUUUACAAAACGCUGGAAGGACUUACUACAAACCAACCAAAGUUGGAUGAGGCUAAAGUCACCUCUAUUGGUUCAGAAGCAAAGGAGUAAACCAUCCAUCGGCAUAUGCUUCUAGGUACUCUGGAUUCCAGAUUUGAAUUGAAGUCUUUUUUCUUGUAUUCUCUCCUGUUUAUUGCUGGUGACAAUGCCUGUUUGCUGGGUUGUAUAAAUUUUAAUCAUGGGAGGAACGCUUGAAUUUUUCGAUUUCUGCACUUGAUACCAUUUUGAUGUUGUUUACUUAAGUUCCGUCCUUGAUUCCCAUUGAGAAUGAAUAAUGUAACACAGUUUUAGCUCUUCGAGUAUUGACAUUGGGAUUGUUCGUGGUUCUGGCGUUA